CCGUCGGUCGGGCAAGUGUGAAAUCCUGUGCGCUGCUUCUAGUUCCGCCGUGCUCCGUGCUACCAAAAAAGCCCGUGGUAAACUGUGCCUUGGCUGCACCAGUUUUCCCGAAACAGUUGCUGUGAAAAAAGUGAAGUGAACCGCACCGAAUCAUCCGAUUCGUUUUUGCACCACAGAUUUCUUUUUAUCUCCAACCGUAUCUAGUUUGCUUUUUGGGGAACCAACUCGAUAGGAUCGAUUCUAAUUAAAUUAAGGCAGCGCAAAGCAACCAUCGGCAGCGUUUGUGUGUGUUCAACAACAGGAAUCUCCGCCGAGGUCAUACUCGAUUGAACCAUUGAAUCAGCGGUUUUGUAGAAGAAAUACGUACAGGAAAUAAAAAAGGGUUUCGCUGCCAUCCGUAUGGUCCUGCACUAGUUUCUGCACACAACAUAGAACGAAGGUACAGGGGUUACCAAUCGCCUCUGUAAACAUCGGUGAUCCGUAGCGUAGCGGAAGCAACAUUUCCCGGUCCAUCGUUGCUACAGAACCGGGUGAGGCACGAUGAAAAAACGGAACAGCCCCCCGCCGGCAGACGGUGGCAUUGGCAGUGAAUCGCUACUACAUGCAUCGCAGCACACGAUGGCGGUCAACGAGUUUAAGUUCAUCAACGAGCGGCCGGUCGACGAUAUAUCCCUCAACUUCUUCUACAAACCACACACGAUUACGCUGCUGGCCGUUUCGAUCUUUGGCGUGAUGUACUUUGCUUUCGUCCGCGAUGAAUCAAACAUACAGGAGAACAUUUGGGCCGGCAUGGUGUGCGUGAUAUUCUUCUUCCUGAUAAUCUCGGUGCUAGCUUUCCCCAAUGGACCGUUCACACGGCCACAUCCGGUCGUUUGGCGGAUGUUAUUUGGCCUCUCGGUGCUGUAUCUGAUGCUGCUACAGUUUUUCAUGUUCCAGGACUACAAGUCCAUCAUGGGCAUCAUCUAUUGGUUUGAUCCGAAACUGCGCGAUUUCCACAUCGAUAUGGAGAAGCAAUACGCAGCCAACUGUUCGGAUAUGUCGUUCGAGCGUAUCUGGUCGCACGUGGAUGUGUUCGCCUGGGGUCACUUCCUCGGGUGGGCCUUUAAGGCGGUGCUCAUCCGCCACAUGGGCAUCCUGUGGGCCAUUUCGGUCAUGUGGGAGAUUACGGAAAUUACAUUCGCCCAUCUGCUGCCGAACUUUGCCGAAUGCUGGUGGGACGCGCUGAUACUGGACGUGCUGGUUUGCAACGGGUUGGGCAUCUGGUGCGGGCUUAAGAUCUGCAAGCUGCUGGAAAUGCGCGAGUACAAGUGGGCCAGCAUACGCGACAUUUCGUCCACCACUGGCAAACUCAAGCGGGCGGUGCUGCAGUUCACACCGGAAAGUUGGGCCCCGGUGCGGUGGCUUGAUCCAAAGUGCACCUACAUGCGCUUCUUUGCCGUCUGUCAGUUGGUUUUGCUCUGGCAGUUGACUGAAUUAAAUACGUUCUUCCUGAAGCACAUUUUCGAAAUGCCACCAUCGCACCCGGUCGUAAUCGGUCGGCUCGUAUUCGUCGGCCUCUUUACGGCGCCCUCGGUUCGGCAGUACUACAUCUACGUGACGGACACGCGGUGCAAGCGGCUUGGCACCCAAUGCUGGGUCUACAUUGCCAUCCUGGUAUCGGAGGCCAUCCUCUGCAUCAAGAACGGCAAGGAACUGUUCGAGCGGACGCAGACAAAGAACAUUGUCGUUUGGCUUAUCAUACAGGCCGUCCUAUCGGUGCUAUUCGUGUACGGAUGCAUGCUGUGGCAUCGAUACGUUGGCGAGGAUGACUCGCGAGACGGUUCACCCGUGAAACAACCGACCCGCACGUUUAAAGACUCUGCCGUUGUAUCCGGUGACUCGAAAGGCAGCAAAGGUGGCAGUGGUGGCUCCCCGUCAUCGGCUAAAAACUCACCCAAAUCUACGCCUACCAAAAAAGCGCGAUCUCAACUGACGUCGUCCCGCGAACAUCUUGACUAGGUACAAACUAGGUAGUUGAUGGAGGGUGGAAGCUUUGCUAUGUGUUUCGCUCCGACUUUGAAUUGGUGUGGUAGCGGAGCAAGAUACGUGAAGAUGGAUCCAACGUACCUGUUCAUUUAUCUCCCAUAAAAAGGAAAAAAAAAUACACUAAACGACACGUCACACGCGGUGUACGACGAAAAGCUGAACGAAAGGGUGGCUUUGAUUUUCCAUGCCAACGUAUUUAUCCCACCGCUAACUGGGAUGCGUGCGUGGCAAUCGUUGUAACAUUCUUAUAUGAAUCGAGAAACAAUUCUAACGCACUCACUGUAUCGUAAAGGAAAGGCAUUUUCUUAAAUUUUAAUAUACAAAAGAACGAGAGGCUACGUUUUUUCAUAUCGAUUCAAGUUCUUCACUUUUCCCAAUUACUAUUCCGCAUAACCAUUAAACCCCAAUAUACACACAAAAAUGCAAGUACACCACUAAAUGUUGAAUACUCUUCCGCCUACACUGCUGCUUUACAUUGAUUUGAAUUGCUGUACUAACAAAACCGAAAGCGAUUAUGACGUUGAUAAAUAGUUGCUUCUCACUUGCUAACACCGUUAUCCUGUUGUAAUGUAAUUUUAUACAAAGCUUAAGCGUAGUGAACAAUCCGCACAUCCGUUGCCUGGUUUGGUUAACUUUUAUUCGCUUGUUUCUUUCUUUUUUUGUUUUGUCGCCGAAGGAGGCGUUGAGCGCGAAAAAAUGACUCUGGUUAGGUUAGUAAGCGGUAGCGAGAAGAUUACAAAAUUCCUGAGCAAGUUGGUUAGGUAGUUAAAUUGAAUUAUCGCUAGUAAGCACCACACCCAACAUCCAGUAGAACAAGCGACUAUAGUGUUAAGCUGUGUAUAGUGUUACACGCUGUACAAAAAAUGUUAAAGCUAACUUUCUAUGAGCUAUGGUUAACAAGAAAAUAAGACUCGAAGCGAUUCUGGCGUGGAGCACGUGGCACGAGGGUCGGUCAGGUAACAGCCAACAGCAUUGUCAUAGGUUUAUAUUUAAAAGCUUCCUUUUUGCAUGCAACUGUUCGUAAUCACUCUGAACCGGUAUUCAAUUUAUUCAUCACCGUUGGAUGCAAAUAUUCUUGCUAACUACAAUACUACUAAUUACUCUUCACAGUCCUCUUAAAUCCGAGUUAAGGUAAAACCGAACAAUAAGCAAAAAACUGCAGUACUACAUCCCUUUUUAAAUUCUUCAGAUAUGUACGAACUUAUCACAUAUCCAACGCAUCCUAUAAGGUCUACUUCUUGAGCCUCCGAAAUUAUGGACAUUUACAAGACAAAUUUAGAUCGGUAUUGCCUAAGGCUUACGUGAAGGAAGAAAUAGUUAAGGGCAUAGGAGAAAAGAAUGUCUGAUCAAAUAAAAGACAAAGCUCUAGCAGAGGUGAAACGUGUGGGGAGACAUGUUCCCGGUAACAAACAAAAUCUCUCUAGUCAGUAAGAAGCAGAAAAACGGGGGACGGUGAAAAGUAAAUCCGCAGUCCGCACCACCCAAUACGCAACCCGUCUAAGAAAAAACUUUACCAUUACAUUUGUUUUCGUUUUACUUGUACGCGAUCGAAAAAUUCCCAACAAGAAUAGUGUAGAAGCUAUGGGUUGGACAAAGUUAGUUCCUUCUUUAAAUUAAUGCCAAUGUGCGGCGGAGCCAAGGGAAAAAAGGGAAAAAAAUGUGUAGCUAAUUUAGGCAGGGACAAAACGGUAAGCUUCCGUUGGCAAACCAAACGGCAUUCGUUUGUUAAUUGUGUUCUGUCGUUGGAUGUGAACUUUCUUUCGUUGGAAGGAAGAAACGGAUUAUGCGUAAGCAAGCGUAAGGAUGUGAAACCAAACCAUUAAGAUAAAUAUACAAGCUAAGGUUAAA